AUGGCUAAUAUCGAGAGAGCUAUUGAACAGGCGAUACUGUCCAUCAAUGCUGUCCCUGGUGAUUACCGGGUGUGGCCGGGAUAUCUCAAUAAACUUCACCUUACGCUCGUUGAGCCUCAUGCGACUAUCACUGCACUAGACAUUGCCACGCAACUGGCUCAGAACGCCAUCGAUAACAUACCAGCCGGCCAUUCGGAGCGGGAAGAAUGUAUGGACGUCCUUUCGAUCCUGUAUCGGAAGAGACACGCUCUGCAUCUGAAGACAAAUGCUUUGCAAAACGCUCAAGAUGACAUUGGAUUGGCCAUCAAUUUAGCCCAACAAUGCUACGACGCCACGCCCAAAGACCAUCCACGUUGGACCAACCGUUUGAACAGACUGUGUAGCUGGUUGAACGAUAAAUGCAUGAUGUCAGGGGAUGCGGCUGAUUUGGACGAGGCUAUCCGAAUGGUCCGUCAUGCACUGGAAGUCACCCCAGUGCCUUCACCGGACCGAUCCGACUACAUGAGCAGCCUAAGUAACCUGCUUGGCAGAAAGUAUAGGAGCACCAAAGCCGAUAAAGAUUUCAAAGAAGCCUUGAAAACGACGCACGCAGCUAUGGAAUUGCCAGCGGGCGCCAAACACCGGGCUGUGUGCCUGCGCUGCCUGGCAGUCCUCUGGAAUGUCCGAUACGAGUGCUCCUCAGCCAUAGCUGACCUACAGGAAGCUAUCAAGGCUGCACAACAAGUGAUUGAGACCUCGGUACAGGGCAGUGAGGAAUGGCAGGGUGACGUGAGACUUCUGGGGAUUCUACUUCAUCAGAAACACUCGAAUACUCGUACAGACUCGGAUCUAGAAAAAGCCAUCCAAGAGCAACGAAAAGCUGUGAAGUCUCUUCCUCGGGGAACCUGGAACUGGACAUCAUGCUGUUUCACUCUCGCAAACCUCCUCAAUGACAGAUACUCCCAGCACUCAGACGAGAGAGAUCUCAACGAAGCCAUUCAGGUUGCAAGAGAAAAUGUCGAUGCCACGUCUUCAAAUCAUGAAGAGAAAUUCAACCUUUCAAUGCAGCUUUUGAAUCUACUCGACGGGAAGCGAGACUCCAUGAAUGAUAGGCAAGAAUCAGAGAACACCAUACAUCUAGCGCGUCAGCUUUUGAAUGAAACCCCGGAAGACGACGAUGAAAACCAAACGAAGUUGAGGACCAUUCUCGGGCACUGGCUUGGUGAUAGUUACUCGAAGACAGGGGAUGUUGACAAGCUAGAUGAGGCGAUUCAAAUCACCCGCGAGGCUAUCUUAUACACCCCAUCAAAGGACCCUAGCUGGGUGGACUAUAGAAACAGCCUUGCAGUUUGGCUUGUUGAAAGACAUCAAAGGAAGGGAGUAUUAGCAGAUCUGGAUGAGGCCAUUCAGCUAGCUCGAGAAAAUGUCGACGCUUCUCAAGGUGGAGAGAGGGUCGAGGGGUUAUCUAAUCUCGCGUCCUGGCUCACAAGAAGAUUCGAGAUUGAGGGAGCCCUUUCAAAUCUCGAAGAAGCCGUUUCACUUGCCCAACGGGCAGUCGAAGCUACUCCUCUAGAGUCAAAGAACCGUUACAAGCAGUCAAUGACUCUAGCAGGCAUACUUAAAGCCAGGUACAUCAGGUUGAGAAACUUGGAGGACUUAGAUGAGGCUAUCCGCUUAGCCCGCAACGCUGUUGAGACCAUUCCUUCUGUUCAUCGGGAUUGGGCAGCAUGCGCACAUAAUUUAGCAGGCGAUCUUCACGACAGGUUUCAGAGGACGAUUUCCCUGGAUGAUCUAAAUGAAGCUUCAAAAUUUGCCUACGCCGCCACAGAAGCUACAGAUCAAGAUGACCCACGGCUAGUCGUGUACCUGAAUACAUGCGGGGGAAUCAAUCAAUUGAUGUGGCAAGCAUCUUCGAAGGAUGGGUAUCUUGAAGAAGCCAUUAGUUUCGGGAGGAGAGCCCUCCAACUCAUCGAAGAAGACCACUCAGGCCGAGCUACCUACGCCAACAAUCUUGCGAAUUGGCUCAUAGACAGAUACUCGAAAUCCUCAGCGGCGACAGAUCUGGCAGAGGCCAAGGCACUCUAUGCUACGGUGUCAAGUCAAGAAAUGUAUGGAGUACGAGAUCGUAUUCAUGCUGGUCGAAGAUUCCUGAGGCUCCCAAACAUUCUUGAAGAUGACGCUCAGCUGGCUUAUGAUAUUGCCAAGACAACAACCGAGUUGGUACCUCUGUUAGCUCCCCAUUCUCUUCAAAACGCAGACAAGCAGCAUGUCCUGGCUGAAGCUGUGGGAAUAGCUUCAGAUGCGGCUGCCAUCGCACUUCGUUUCCAAGAGACCACAGAGGCCGUUAGACUGCUCGAGACUGGUCGAGGCAUUCUCGCCGGCGCGAUCCAAGACAUGCGAACAGACCUAUCCAGCUUACAGAAAAGCCACCCCUCACUGGCGGAGGCUUUCAUUGCGCAACGUAACCAGCUUGACAGCCCGAUCUCCACGGAAGGCUUAUUACCAGGCGAGCCGAGAAACAACGUCAGCGCGGACCAACGCUAUAGCGCAUCCAAAGCCCUCCAAGACACUCUCCGCGAGAUUCGGAAAAUACCGCAGUUCGAAGGGUUUCUACUCCCACCGUCUGAUGAAACCAUCAGAAAGGCCGCCUCGCGGGGCCCUGUAGUCAUUCUGAAUGUCAGCUCUUUUCGCUGCGACGCCAUCAUCAUCACCCCCUCCGAUAUCCAGGUACAGAACCUACCCAGCUGUACUCAGCAAGGGAUUAUGGAAAGGGUCACCCAAGUGAAAACACAGGCUACCCUUGAGUGGCUCUGGGAUACGAUCGUUCACCCUGUGCUCCUAACAUUGGGUCUAGAUCAGCCAGCCGUCGGAACCUGGCCGCGAAUUUGGUGGGUUCCCACUGGCCCGUUGGUGAGGUUUCCUCUCCAUGCCACCGGCUAUCACCUUCGACAGGAUCGUCAAACGACAUUAGAUAGAGCAAUUUCUUCCUACAGCUGGUCCUUAAGAGGGAUCAAGCACACCCAACCGCGUCCAACGAUGAAACUUUCGGCAACGUCGUUAGGCUCAAAGAUGGUGAUCGUCGCGAUGAGGGAGACGCCAGACCAGGCAACCCUAGAAUACACGGGGGUCGAGAAGGAGGCGAUUUUAGACGUCACAGGGCGCGCAGACGGCCUGCAGUGCGUUCAGCCUAUGCCCUCUAGAUUGGAAGUCUUGUUAGAAUUGGAAUCCUGCGAUGUCUUCCACUUCGCAGGGCACGGCAGCGCACAUCCUACAAACCCUCUGCAAAGCCAACUGUUGUUGAAGGACUGGAAAGAGGCACCUUUGACGGUGAACAGCUUACUUGAGCGCAACCUCGACUCCAAGUCUCCGUACCUCGCCUAUCUUUCAGCAUGCGGAACAGGCGAGGUCCAAGACGAGAAAUCUGUGGACGAGGUAACGCACCUGGCGAGCGCUUUCUUGCUUGCGGGGUUUCGAAACGUCGUGAGCACACUGUGGGAUGUGGAUGACGAGCAGUCCGCACGAACGGCGAAGAUGACAUACGAACAUAUUCUAAGCACGGAGUCGGAUGACGAUGGGACCGUCGCGCGUGCCUUGAAUCAUGCUACGCGGAAGCUUCGGGAUGAGUGGGUGAGAAGACGACACGGACACGUCCCGGAUGAAGCAAGCUCGAGAAAUCCUGGCAAACGGCGAGUAGCAGAGAGGUUGAACUGGACGCCCUACGUUCACUACGGGGGCUAG